AUGGAGGCACUGCGGCUGGAGCAGGAUAAGCUGGACAAGAAAGGCAACCUCUCAAGGACGAUCGAGGAUGUGCAAAAGACGAUUGACCUGCUCGUUGCCGCACGAGCGACGAUAGCUGCCGAUGGGACCUCGUGCGCGCCAACACUAGCCAAGCUGAAGCGACCGAUAAAGGCUUCACUUGAUCAGGUCAACUCGGACAUCAAGGACAUCUACUCGGCCCACAAGGACUACUCAAAGGCCUUGGAUAGGAAAUUCAAACCACAAUCCAUGCCUGCUUCCCACAACGAUGCCCUCUCAUCGCAACCCGCCCUCAUCAACCGCGCCAUCGCCAUGCACCUCCUUCGCGAGGGUCAGUUCAACGUCGCUCAAACCUUCAUAUCAGAAGCAAACGCAAAGCCGCAUAGUGCCACAUCGAAUGGUAGCAAUACAAAAGACGCUCAUGAUUGGGAUAGUCUCAUGCAAGACGCCGAUGGCACACCCCUUUACGACAUAAAUCGCGACAGCGCUGGCGCCCUUCAGUCAAGGUUUGCCCACAUGUACCUCGUCCUCGAUGCCCUACGCAAGAACCAUAACCUGAAUCCCGCCAUUGAAUGGGCUCGCCAACAUAGUUAUCAGCUUGAGCUCAGAGGUUCGAAUCUGGAGUUUGACCUGUGCCGGCUCCGCUUCGUCGAGCUGUACAGCCAGUACGACCCUGACGACCACAUGUCUUGCCCUUUGAAAGCCCUCGAAUACGCCCGUCAGACUUUUCCUAAUUUCUCUGCUCGCUACAUGCGUGAGACUUCCUCAUUACUCGGCUCUCUGGCAUUCGCUCCAGCAUUGACUUCAUCACCAUACAAGAGCGUCUUCUUCAAUGACGACGCCUGGGAACAUGCCGCCUCUAGCUUCAUCCGCGAGUUCUGUGCCAUGCUGGGUCUCAGCGAGAAGAGUCCUCUAUAUACCGCCACAACAGCCGGAGCCAUUGCUCUGCCCGUACUCGAAAAACUCGAGCGUGUCAUGGGCGAAGUUGGAGGCCAGUGGACAAGUGUCAACGAACUGCCUGUCGAAAUCCCGUUGCCACAUUCAUAUCUGUUCCACUCUAUCUUUGUCUGUCCUGUCAGCAAGGAGCAAGGAACUGAUGCCAAUCCACCCAUGAUGUUACCCUGCGGUCACAUUAUCGCAAAGGAGUCACUGGAAAAGAUUAGUAGGGGCAACAAGUUCAAAUGCCCAUACUGUCCAGUCGAAGGACACCCCAAGGAGGCCAGGAAGGUUUUCCUGUAG